AUGCGGCUCCUUCUGUUGGCGGUGCUAGUCUGGUGCUCGUGCGCGCGGGCCGGCUGCGAACCCAAAAUUGUUAACAUCGGAGCCGUCCUCAGCCAGAAGAGGUACGAGCAGAUCUUCAAAGAUGCGGUGACCCAAGCUAACCAAGUCUACGGACGGGACAAAUUUAAGCUCACGGCCAUCUCCGUCACGCAUAAACCCAACGCCAUCCAGAUGGCUCUGUCCGUGUGCGAGGACCUCAUCUCCAGUCAGGUCUACGCCAUCCUGGUGAGCCACCCACCCCAAUCCAAUGACCACCUGACUCCGACACCAGUCUCCUACACUGCAGGCUUCUAUCGCAUCCCCGUGGUGGGGCUCACCACUCGCAUGUCCAUUUACUCAGACAAGAGUAUCCAUCUGUCCUUUCUGCGGACCGUCCCACCCUACUCGCACCAAGCGCACGUGUGGUUUGACCUGAUGCGCGAGUUCAACUGGAACCAUAUUAUCCUGAUUGUGAGCGAUGACCACGAGGGCCGAGCUGCUCAGAAGAGGCUGGAGACGCUGCUGGAGGAGAGAGAAACCAAGAAUAAAAAAAGGAACUAUGAAAACCUCGACCAACUGUCCUAUGACAACAAGCGAGGACCUAAGGCAGAGAAAGUCCUCCAGUUCAGCCAGGAGACAAACUUAACGGCCCUGCUGCUGGAGGCCAAAGAACUGGAGGCCCGAGUCAUCAUCCUUUCCGCCAGUGAGGAAGACGCCGCCGCUGUAUACAAGGCUGCCCGCUUCCUCAACAUGACAGGCUCAGGCUACGUGUGGCUGGUGGGCGAGCGGGAGAUGUCGGGUAAAGCGCUGAGUGAGGCGCCAGACGGUUUGAUCGGCCUGCAGCUCAUCAACGGCAAGAACGAGUCGGCUCAUAUCAAUGAUGCAGUGGCGGUGGUUGCUCAGUCCAUCCAGGAGCUAUUUGAAAAGGAAAACAUCACUGAACCACCAAGAGGAUGUGUAGGCAACACCAACAUCUGGAAAACAGGACCUCUCUUCAAAAGGGUGCUCAUGUCAUCUAAAUACCCAGAAGGCCUCACAGGACGUGUGGAGUUCAAUGACGACGGAGACAGGAAGUACGCCCACUACAGCAUUCUCAACUACCAGAAGAGUCGACUCAUUCAAGUGGGCGUUUAUAAUGGGACGCAGGUGGUAAUGAACAAUCAGCGCAAGAUUAUCUGGCCCGGCGGGGAGACGGAAAAACCUCAGGGCUUCCAGAUGUCGACUCGAUUAAAGAUAGUGACAAUACACCAGGAGCCAUUUGUUUAUGUGAAACCCACUAUGCCAGAUGGAACAUGCAAGGAGGAAAUGACAUUAAAUGGAGUCUUAAUUAAAAAGGUGAUCUGCACUGGGCCCAAUGAGACCAUCCCAGGACGCCCAAUUGUGCCGCAGUGUUGUUAUGGAUUCUGCAUUGAUCUGCUGAUCAAGCUCGCUAUGACCAUGAACUUUACCUACGAGGUUCAUCUGGUGGCUGAUGGGAAAUUUGGAACGCAGGAGCGGGUGAACAACAGUAACAAGAAAGAGUGGAAUGGCAUGAUGGGAGAGCUCCUGGGGGGCCUGGCUGACAUGAUUGUUGCCCCGCUGACUAUAAACAACGAACGAGCCCAGUACAUUGAGUUCUCCAAACCCUUCAAAUAUCAAGGUCUUACUAUCCUUGUUAAAAAGGAAAUCCCUCGCAGUACACUGGAUUCGUUCAUGCAGCCAUUUCAAAGUACUCUGUGGCUGCUGGUGGGUCUUUCGGUACAUGUGGUGGCGGUGAUGCUUUACCUACUAGACCGGUUCAGCCCAUUUGGAAGGUUUAAAGUAAACAGUGAAGAAGAAGAAGAAGAUGCCCUCACCUUGUCAUCUGCCAUGUGGUUCUCUUGGGGAGUGUUGCUGAACUCUGGAAUCGGAGAAGGUGCACCUCGCAGCUUUUCAGCGAGAAUCCUUGGCAUGGUGUGGGCUGGCUUUGCCAUGAUCAUUGUGGCUUCCUAUACUGCCAACUUGGCUGCUUUCCUGGUGCUGGAUCGGCCUGAGGAGCGCAUCACCGGCAUCAAUGACCCAAGGCUCAGAAAUCCAUCAGACAAGUUCAUCUAUGCCACGGUAAAGCAGAGCUCCGUGGACAUCUACUUCCGGCGGCAGGUGGAGCUUAGCACCAUGUACCGCCACAUGGAGAAGCACAACUAUGAGAGUGCCGCCGAGGCCAUCCAGGCAGUGCGUGACAACAAGCUGCAUGCUUUCAUCUGGGACUCUGCGGUGCUGGAGUUUGAAGCCUCGCAGAAGUGCGACCUGGUGACCACGGGAGAGCUGUUUUUCCGUUCGGGCUUUGGCAUAGGCAUGCGCAAGGACAGCCCCUGGAAACAGAAUGUGUCCCUGGCCAUUCUCAGUUCUCAUGAGAACGGCUUCAUGGAAGAUCUAGAUAAAACCUGGGUGAGAUACCAGGAGUGUGACUCAAGGAGCAAUGCCCCAGCCACACUCACCUUUGAAAACAUGGCAGGGGUCUUCAUGCUUGUGGCUGGUGGCAUAGCAGCAGGAAUCUUCCUCAUCUUCAUAGAAAUAGCCUAUAAGCGCCAUAAAGACGCCCGCAGGAAGCAGAUGCAGCUCGCCUUUGCGGCCGUUAAUGUUUGGAGGAAGAACCUGCAGGUAAGAAUGACUUCUGGAUGGACAUUUAUUUUAUUUUUCUUUUCUUCCCCUAUGCAGCCAUCUUCCUCUCUAGAGACUCAGGAUGAUAGAAAAAGUGGUAGAGCAGAGCCCGACCCCAAAAAGAAAGCCUCUUUUAGGUCCAUCAGUACCACCCUGGCCUCCAGCAUCAAGAGACGUAGGUCGUCCAAAGACACGCAGUACCCACCCACUGACAUCACGGGACAACUCAAUUUGUCCGACCCCUCAGUCAGCACUGUGGUGUAGGGAGCAUGACCCCUGCCCCAGCCAAAGGAGAGAGGAAAUAAGAAAAGGAAAGUGGCGUGAGAGAGGAGAUUGGUCUCGCGGAACCAGUGGAUUGUGUGGAGGAGCUGAAGACUCAGAACACUCAAUUUGCACCUUUUGAACAGUCGGGAUGACCUGACCGUACAGGUAGAUGUUUGUAGGCUCCCUAAGCAUGCACAGAGCCAUCCGAAACACACUCAGUAUACAUUUUCCUAUAUGUACAAUCAUAUUACUACCUAUGUACUUAAUCUUCCUUUCUGUCAUUUUGCCAACAUAGAUACUUAGUUAACACUUGCUGUUUAUUCUAAUUUUCCUACCUGCCUCAUAGCUUUUUAUUUUGGGUGCCAUUUAGUUACGUUAAUAAAUAAGCCAGUUUUAAUACCAGUACUGUAACAUAUCGCUUCCACGUAGAGCCUAUUAAGCACUGUAAUUUCUUUUUUUUAUUAUUAUUAUUAUUUGGGCACAAUCCUGCAAUAUGAUAUGUAAGCUUCCUCUAAGGAAUAGUUUGUGUGACCAAUUUCAAAUAGUUUCAAUUUUAUCUACUUGGUUGGGAAGCACUACUAAAGAGCCUAUAAGAUAAGGAUAUGAUUAAUCACGAAAGCAUGUGUGUGUGUCUGAUCUAUUUGUAUUAGAAUGUCAUUGACCAUGAAAUUACUUAUGUUAACAGAGUUCAGACUCUAGAUUGCAUCUGUCCCUCUAUAUUUGUCCAUUAAAAUGCCAAAUGCAUGUUGUUCAAUUAGUUAUACAAUGAAUUCCUUACAUGACAAAUCACUUGUGCUUUUUAACAUUUUCUAAAAAAAAAAAAAAAAAAGAAAGCAUUUAUUUUGCAGCCUGAUGAAACUGCAAACUAAUAUUUUUACGCUCUAAGCCAUGUUACGUUUGGGGCUGCCCUCUGUCUUCCUCUCUCCUGCUGCAGUCUCUCUCUUUUCCGGUCUCAAAAGGGUUGCAUCAAAAGGCCGAGUUUUUCAGCCAACCAGCACUCAAUCUUUGAUGAAAAACCUUCCUCGUGGCAGAGGUUGUUGCUGGGGAACUUUUUCAUGAAGGAGCUUGAGUGGAUUUGAUGCAUUGCUAAGCUCGCAAGCGUUGGUUGGAUGCAAAAACAGGCCUUUUCCCAGUUUCUGGAGCUGAGAAAUCACUGCCUUUCUGGUGUGCAGCACCACAUAGCACUUUACGCUGAGAGGGCAUUUCCAAACUCUUACAAAUACAACAUAAAAUCACAAUAAACUUUUAUAUAUCAUCACAUUAUUAUUAUUCUUUUUAUUAUUGUUAUGCACUGUUAGACAUGAACUAACUGAAUUUGCAAUUGAUUUUAAAUGAAGUUAUGACAUUUUGCACAAUGACAUGGUGCCAAACACAGAAUUUGCUCUGGCCUGCAUGCUGACAUGUAAUUACAACUGCUAUAGUAUUUGUUUUUUUAUUUCUUUUUUCUCCAGACAUGCUUUGUUUGUUAUGUGCGUUGUUAUUGAGGAUACACUUCAACUGAAUGACAUUUUAACAGAGUUUGGUUUAGUGUCUUUAUAGGUAUUGGGAAACUGUAUAGUGUGCUUGUGCUAUGAUUGCUGCUGAGAAUGUCUUUUACUACUUAUUUAAUCACACACACUUGCAUACGCACGCAUACACACACAAACAUGCACAUGUUGUGUUAUACAAGCAUGCACACACGCUUCAUAUACAGUAUGAAUUCCUUGAGUUCUUAUCUUAAUUC